UCACAGGGCAAAAGAGGCUAUAUAAAAAUUAUCGAACAAAAAGGUCGCAUAUCUCUUCAUCUGCCAGCCAGAAAACCUGACAACAAAAAAAAAUAUCAAAACCAAUCAAAGUGACGCAGGCUGAAUUUCGCACCUUUUUUUACAAUGCAACAAUAUCUUUAGCAAGAAAUUACUCCCAAUGGAUCAGAACGUGGUGGAUUGUGAACUAGCGGAGCGCGACACAGGGCUGUGCGUCUGCAAGGGGGGACCCACGCUUGAGAUCCUCAAGGACAUACAGCGGCUCUACGAGGAGAAGAUGGAACACAUCGAGAAGGCUUCGGGCCCUACCAAGCUACAGAUGCAAGUGGAGGUGCUUCGCGCGUGGGUGGGGGACCUGGUGGGACAGAACACGCUGCUGGCGCGCGCCGUCGAGGAGCUGGAGACAGAGGCCACCACCAAGCUACUGGUCGAACGCCGUAGGAACAGCGAGGUGGUGUCCGAGGUCCGCGCGGAGUGCGCGGCGCUGCGCCGGCGCCUGGCGCGCAAGGACUCGGACCUGCGCGGGCUGGUGGAGGUGCUGCGGCGACUGCGCGAGUUCGACUACUGCACGCUAGAUGGCAUUCACUUCUUUGAGGUCACAGAGUCCGAUAUAUUUGGAUCCGUUGAAUGGCGUCCGAAGAGAGAGCUGGAACAGGGAGACACGGGCAAGCCACGGGGGAACAACCUGAAACAUGACACGAGCAGAUAUAAAAACAGUCGCCUCUACAAAGUCGGAUAGAACUGUCUACUACUACUACGUCUUUAUUGAUUUUUGAAUUUUAUUUGAUUAUAUACAAUAUUAUAUU